AUGCGACGGUCUAUUCAAAUCCUAUCUGCUAUACUCCUUCUCCCUCUCGUCACUCCUUUCUCAUGUUCCCUAACUGCAUCUUCGAUACCAUACGACCUGUCUCCUCUGAAAGGUAUCAGAGAAGACAGUAAAGAUACAUCAACACCACCUACUACAUCAGAAGCGAAGGUACGGAUGGAAUUAUGUGAUCCCGAUGGAAUAGGUAAAGAUGAUGCUGUCUCAGACGAAGAUCAGUGUCCACCAAAUACUCGGGUUUGUCUAACACUCGUUAAUCAUAAACCAUCCGCCUCGGAACCAGAUAGAGUAACUGCUGUAAUACCAUUUUGGCCAGUAGAUAUACCUGAAGAAGAUGUAUUUACUACUCCGAUGGGUAAGAAAGGUGAAGAAGGAUUGAAGAUUUAUGUUCAGGGCCCAGAUUAUGCAGGUGUUAAACAACAUAUCAAUUUGACAUUACUAUGCUCUGAGUCAGAUACGGCCUCAAAUCCAUAUCUGGUUUCUUAUACAGCAGGUCUGCUUUCAUUAGAAUGGUCAACGCCUGCGGCUUGUCCAAGAUCAUUAGAUUCCCCAUCUGCUCCAAGUGAUGAUUCGCCAAAAUCAGGAGGUGGAAGUGGAGUAGGAUUCUGGGGAUUUAUCAAAUUCUUAUUCUGGUUCAGUAUCAUAGGCUUAAUAGCUUACUUUGCCAUUGGUAUAUUUUAUAAUCAUCAACAAUAUUCUGCUCGAGGAUGGGAUCUCGUUCCUCAUCGCGAUUUCUGGAGAGAAGUUCCUGUUUUACUACAAGACUUAUUCUCUCAUCUAUUUGCAGGUAUACGUGGAAGCAGCAGUGGAAGAGGUGGAUAUAGCAGUUUGGGAUAA